GUAAAUACUAUAAAAUAGAGGGUUGGACUACAAAUUUAAGUUCCAUCGGAAACAAUUCUAAAAGUCUAAUCAGAGGUGAAGCAAGAGAAAAGGGUUUCUUUAGGAACAAGCAGAGUGAGAUUCUUCUCUCUUCUCUGCAAUUUGAACAACUUUCAGCUUGAUCUUUCAAUCUCAAACAAUGGCGGCCGCCAUGUUAGAAGAUACGAGCUUCGAAGAUGAUCAAUUGGCUUCUAUGACCACUGACGAUAUCGUCAGGGCCUCUAGACUUCUCGAUAACGAAAUUCGAAUUCUUAAGGAAGAACUGCAAAGGACCAAUCUAGAAUUGGAUUCGUACAAGGAAAAAAUAAAAGAAAAUCAGGAGAAGAUUAAGCUCAACAAGCAGUUACCUUACUUGGUGGGAAACAUCGUUGAGAUUUUAGAAAUGAAUCCUGAAGAUGAGGCUGAGGAAGAUGGUGCAAACAUUGACCUUGAUUCACAGAGGAAGGGGAAGUGUGUUGUUUUGAAAACAUCUACCCGCCAGACAAUUUUUCUACCUGUUGUUGGACUUGUUGACCCUGACAAAUUAAAGCCUGGUGAUCUUGUUGGAGUGAACAAAGAUAGUUACUUGAUCUUGGACACAUUGCCAUCUGAGUACGAUUCUCGAGUAAAGGCUAUGGAGGUUGACGAGAAACCUACUGAAGACUACAAUGACAUUGGAGGACUAGAAAAGCAGAUCCAAGAACUAGUGGAGGCCAUUGUUCUUCCCAUGACACACAAGGAACGAUUUCAGAAAUUGGGGGUCCGACCACCCAAGGGAGUGUUAUUAUAUGGACCUCCUGGUACUGGAAAAACUUUAAUGGCUCGUGCUUGUGCUGCACAGACAAAUGCUACUUUUUUGAAACUUGCAGGCCCACAGUUGGUCCAGAUGUUCAUUGGAGAUGGAGCAAAACUUGUUCGUGAUGCUUUUCAGCUUGCAAAAGAAAAAUCUCCAUGCAUUAUUUUUAUAGAUGAAAUUGAUGCAAUUGGGACAAAGCGAUUUGAUAGUGAAGUAAGUGGAGAUAGGGAAGUGCAGCGUACUAUGUUAGAAUUGUUGAAUCAGCUGGAUGGUUUCAGCAGUGAUGACCGUAUCAAGGUCAUAGCAGCAACAAAUCGUGCUGAUAUUCUGGAUCCUGCUCUUAUGCGUUCUGGUCGUUUGGAUCGUAAAAUUGAGUUUCCACAUCCUACUGAAGAGGCAAGGGCCAGAAUCCUCCAGAUCCAUUCUAGGAAGAUGAAUGUUCAUCCAGAUGUCAAUUUUGAAGAACUAGCUCGAUCCACCGACGACUUCAAUGGUGCACAACUAAAAGCUGUUUGCGUGGAGGCAGGCAUGCUAGCCCUUCGUCGUGAUGCAACUGAGGUGAAUCACGAGGACUUUAAUGAAGGUAUCAUUCAAGUUCAAGCAAAGAAGAAGGCGAGCUUGAAUUAUUAUGCAUAAGGUGGUAUCUAUGGAGAUGUCUAGCAAGCUGGCUAAGAACUAUUCAAGGACAAAAGCAAAAAGCUUGUUUCUCAAAUACCAUUGGAAUGCAAAAAUGUUAAAUGUCUACGGCGUCUUGGGACUUGGCAUUUAUACUUUUAGUUCUUCUAAUACUCCCAGCUGUUUAUUGGAGCUCUCUCAUUGUCACAUUUCAUUUUUCUUAUAUUGCCAUUUUUAUAUGAAAUUGUUUUGCAAUGGUUUUCUCAUCCCUAGAACUGCUUAUAUGCCACAGACCAUUAGAUCAUGGUGCUUCUGUAACGAAACGAAGCUAUGUUUUAUUUAUUCUCUGGCUUCCUCAUUGACCUUA